CCGCGGGUUUCGACGCACACGGUGUGCGACUCAUUCAUCUGAUCCACACGAAGUUGAGUCUUUCUCUGUUGCUUUGACUCUACGGCCUCAAGGGAACAGCGAUGAUGGUUUCUCUGAAACGAGAAAGAGAAGUUGAGGUGGACGACGACGACAGCGACGACGGAGUGGCAGCUAAAGUAGGACGAGGACGUGUAGUAGAAGACCGGAGAAGUCGCCACUGCCCGUAUCUAGACACCAUAAACAGGAGUGUGUUGGACUUUGACUUUGAGAAGCUCUGCUCCAUCUCUCUGUCCCACAUCAACGUCUACGCCUGCCUUAUAUGUGGGAAAUACUUCCAGGGUAGAGGACUGAAGUCCCAUGCCUACACCCACAGCGUACAGUUUACCCACCAUGUGUUCCUCAAUCUGCACACACUCAAGUUUUACUGUCUGCCAGACAACUACGAGAUCAUCGACUCUUCACUGGAGGACAUCACUUAUGUGCUAAAGCCAACUUUCACCAAGCAGCACAUUUCAGGACUGGACAAGCAAGGGAAACUGUACCGAGCCUAUGAUGGUACGACAUACCUACCAGGCAUUGUUGGGCUCAACAACAUCAAAGCUAAUGACUAUGCCAACGUGGUGUUACAGGCUUUUUCCAACGUUCCACCUUUGCGAAACUACUUCCUGGAGGAGGAAAACUACAGAGGAAUCCGCAGGCCACCGGGGGACAUCAUGUUCCUCCUGGUGCAGAGGUUUGGGGAGCUGAUGCGCAAACUUUGGAAUCCAAGAAACUUCAAGGCCCACGUGUCUCCCCAUGAGAUGCUUCAGGCCGUGGUGCUGUGCAGCAAGAAGAACUUCCAAAUUACCAAACAAGGAGAUGCUGUGGACUUCAUGACGUGGUUCUUGAAUGCUCUGCAUGGGGCGCUUGGAGGCACAAAGAAAAAGCCAUGUGAGUAGGAGAAUUAAAGAUGUUUUCUCCUACGUUUCAGAUCACUCACAUGACAGUUUUUUCCACCGGAGGAGAAAGAGGCAUUACUUGUGACGGAGGAAUACCAGGAACAGAUGUCUGAGUCCACCUUCCUGUUUCUGACACUUGACCUCCCAACAGCUCCACUGUACAAGGAUGAGAAAGAGCAGCUUAUCAUCCCCCAGGUCCCUCUCUUCAACAUCCUGGGCAAGUUCACUGGCAGCACAGAGAAGGAAUACAAAACCUACAAAGAGAAUUUUCUCAAAAGGUUCCAGUUGACCAAACUUCCUCCGUACCUAAUUUUUUGCAUCAAAAGAUUCACCAAGAACAACUUCUUUGUGGAAAAGAACCCAACAAUUGUCAACUUCCCCAUCACGAACGUAGACCUUCGUGAGUACUUGACAGAAGAAGCUCAAGCUACAGAGAAGUGCACAACUUAUGACCUCGUCGCCAACGUAGUGCAUGAUGGGAAACCCACUGAGGGAGCGUACAGAAUACAUGUUCUGCAUCACGGAACUGGGAAGUGGUACGAGAUGCAGGACCUUCAGGUGAUCGACAUUCUCCCCCAGAUGAUCACGUUGUCAGAAGCCUACAUCCAGAUCUGGAAGAGACAAGAGUGUGCUGAUGACACAAACAACCACACAGAGGCGUAAGCGAGCCAGGAUUUUCUUCUUCACUGUGAAUGGCCUGAAGUGAUUUCACCAUUAUGAGAUGAACUGGGUAUUUAAGUGAUUGAAUCUAACAAUAUAGAAAAAGAGUGGUGAGAGAGCAUCAAGACUUUGUGUUUAUAGUCACAAAAAAGCAAAUACAUGUAAAUGUUUCCAUGUUUUUUUCACUGUUUUAUCUUUUUACUAUGUGGAGGUUUCUAAAUAAACAAGCCCCAGAACA